AGCUCACCCACCCGCCAUGUCAGUUUUGACAACUAAAAUCAUUGAAAAAAAAUAUUUACGUUUCUUUUCUUUCUUUGAUCCUUCUUCUUGUGGGUUAAAGUUAAUUUACAAGAGUUUUGGUUUGGCUUUUGAAAAGUAAGUUAAAUUGUGUUUGUUUACGUCCCAAGCUGAAUCCUGAAAUGAACCAUGGGCAAGCCUUCGACUUCUCGUCUUGUUAGUUUAAUAAACCAUAAUUUGUAGGAUUUGUUUGUACUUUUUAGUUACGUAGUUAUUGUAGAGAAGCAGAAAACCAAAUCAGAAGAAUCAAUGGCUAAGGACAAUCCAUUGAAUGCAUUGAAAAGAAAACGCGGUGCCCGGAAAAGGGUCAGAAAAUCCAGGGCACAAAUUAACAAACUUUUUCAGAUGCUACAGAAACAAAAUAAUAUUUCUUCAGACCCAAUAGAAGAUCUUUCUGAAGUAUGGAACUCUACAAACAACACUGUCAUCGUCCUCGAUGACACCAUCAAAGAAAGUCCCAGAAAGCGUAAACUAUCAGAAAGUUCCGUAAUAAUCACAGACGUGAAAGGUCUGCAAACAAAUACUGAACCAUGUAAUUCUGUUGAGAAAAAUAACAUCGAGCCAAAAUCUGUAGAAACUGCGAUUGACUCCGUUAUUAUUACAGACAAUGAUGUACCAAAUAUGAAUUCUGUGAGUUACCAAAGUAAAAAGAAGAAAAUUGAAGCAACUGAUACAAAUCCUAUAGUAAUUACAGAUAAUGAAGUGUUACAUGACAACCCAGAACCAUCCAGCUCAAAAACUCCCAAGAAAAAAGGCUUUGCCCCACCCAUGAACUGUUCCACACCAAUUUCCAAAUCAAACACUAGUCUUAUAAAUAACAACGCUGAUAGCACUCAAAAUUUAAAUAACAACGUAACCAAAGUGAUAAAUAGAGAUUCGUUUUUAACAAUAGAUUUAACCGCAGACUCCGAUUUGAGCAGAUUACAAUGCAAUACUGUUAUAGAUCUCGAUAAUACUCAAGAUUCCCAGGACUGUACUUUAGUAUCGAUUAGUAACGCAAGUUCUAUGAGUGGAGAUUCUCAGGUUACGGUCUUACAUAAAAACAAUUCAAGCAAAAGGAUGAAAAAGUUUGUCAGUGGAAUUGCAAAGCUAGAUGCGUCUGAGAAAGGGAAGCUUUUGGAGUUAAUCACUCAGAAUAUUUUUAAUGGGUGCAAAGAACCUAUGAGGAUGAAUAGGCAAAAUGUAGCUAGUCCAGUGACUGUAAACCAAGAAACAGAGACUGCCGAAAACACAUACAUCAAAGAAGUGAUCCUGGGCCAGAAAAAGUCAAGGAACAGCAUCGGCAGCAACAUUUACAAUCCAGAGAAGGACGAUCGGAACAAGACCGGUCUCCGGAUGGUUGUAAUAGACGGUAGCAAUGUCGCUAUGGAACACGGUCGGGGCAGGUGUUUUUCCGUCAAGGGCCUCAAAAUUUGCAUAGAUUACUUCCUGAAAAGGGGACACGCGGUGAAGGCGUUUGUUCCACGCUUCAGGUGUAAGUUCGGCAAGAGCUCGGAGCCGCGGCUGCUGGACGAGCUGGAGCGGCGAGGUCUAGUCGUGUAUACGCCCAGCCGCGAGAUACAGGGCAAGCUCAUCACCCCCUACGAUGACAGGUACAUCGUACAAUGCGCAGCAGAGUUCGACGGCGUCAUAGUGACAGGGGACAACUAUCGCGACCUACUGCAAGAGAACCCGCGUUGGAGAUUCGUCAUAGAGAACCGGUUGCUUCCCUUCACGUGGGUCAACGAUAUGAUCAUGUUCCCACGGGACCCUUUAGGCAGGAACGGACCAACUUUGGAACAGUUUUUAAGGCACCCAGUGGCUAAGACUAUUCCUAGUAUAGUGCUGUGAAUCCCAAAUAUGCUGACAAUAUGGAUUGUUACAAGUUUUAGAGUUGAUUGGUCAAAUUGUUUUAUUUUAUAUUGAUUGGGAAUCCGUCAUUUUAUUGUCUAACUGACCUAUGAAGGGUUAAAGAAUUUUAUUAUGUUACCUACUAAACCGUAUAGUGAAUUUUCGUUUAAUUGAAAUAUCUGAAAUGAAGAUUUGAAAAUACAUUGUAUGUAAACCAAAAAUUGUAGUGUGUACAUUUGUGAUGUUUAUAAAUAAGGCUUAUGAAAUGUCGCUCAUACAUAGUUCAGUGUACAACUGAUUAAACAAUAUUACAUGAAUCUUAAUUCUAAAUACUUUGAGCUUCAUUUCAAAAUAAUGGCAUAAAUCAGCGUUCAAUAAAUAGUUGUGACUCAAUGACUGUGAAAGGAAAUGUCCAUGACGAUUUCUUUCCCGAUGAAAUAUGACAAUAGCGUCUCCUUCUACUGUCGACUCACUUCUCCAGGAAUACACUGCCAUUUUUAUAAUGCAUUUUGUACCUUAAAAUUAAAUUGUCUGCGUACCUUCACAUCUCCAGUGAGAAGAAACAGUAUGUUUUUGUAAAAAGAUGCAAUUUUAUUUUUGAAAGUAACUGGACCGACUCUUUUAAAUGUAAUGGAACGUAGAAGUUUACGGUCUAAAAUCAUAGUCAAGUUGGCGUCAAUACUAAUUGAAAGAAAUUCACGGUCAGUUUAAAUUCGUUACCAAUUUCAAAAACAGUCAAAGAUUUGAAAAUGUAAAUAUUUUAUGUUUUUAGUUACUUAUUUCCAAAGCAAGGGACUUAUUAUAAAAUGCUAGGGUUUUUUUUUAUAAUUGUGAAAAUAAGAGAAACUGCAUUUGCUAUGUUAGUUACCCAGUCACUCUCACUGGUAAUAAUAUUUCAAAUCAUUGUUUCUUAGAAUAUUUAAAUUUUGAAUUAAUUUAAGUAUUUAAUUAAAAAGUAUUUGAUUAAAUUUCACAUUGAAUUGUGAUAUUUUUAAUAAUAUUGUCAGUUCAAUGAAUAAUCUACAUACAUAAUAUGGAUAUUGAAAACAUAUCUCUAAGUAGUUGAUGAGUGUGUAUUUUUUAUGAUAAAAAAUACACUUCAUUGAAUUACUCCGUUUCUUUUAAAAUAUUAUGUCAUUCUUUAGAGUAACAAUAAUAAACAAACUUUUUGUAAAUUAUGAUAAUGUAAUGCUUAUUUAAGUUUCAAGACAGCUACUUGUGUGGUGAAAUUUUAGUUCAAAAAAUAGUCAUUUU